GGAGGGGAGGCAGACUGUAAGCAUCACGACUAGGAGGACUCGCUGUUCCUUUCAUCUGCAUUUCGCCUGAAUAAUAUUAGUAUCGACCUACUCUUCUAGUUUUGGCAGUCAGCUGGCGUGUCAGCGGUGAAACGGCUGCCGCUGCUCCGUGAACGCUCGCGGGAAACGUUGCCGUUGUAACCGAAGCGCUCGAGCGGAGUAUGGCUAUUUGUUGUUGGUUUGAAAAGUUUUAAUGAAGCUCGCGAAGGAAGUCAGUACAGGUGGCGUUCCUUACCUCAAGCAUAUGGAGACGGUUCUGUUUUUAUGGAUGGAUAGAAAGUGGACCAUAUACGGUUAACUUUUCGUGAGAAAAAAAAUGAUAAAAUGUACUCGUCUUGGCAAAUGAUAAAAAAUAUACUGAGACAGUCCUGUGAAUUCAGUGUUCUUGGUUGAGCUGUAGCUACCUGUGCUAUCGUGGGGGUUGGGGUGUUUGCGGGGUCUUCAUCAUCAGCAGCCUCUUAACCAAACGGUCACGAUAAAGUUAGUUAGUCGUGGGGGCUACCUAGCUAGCUAACACUGCUGAGUUAGCAGAGCCUCGUACUGGCGGAGCACCGAUGAGGGGAGCCAACGUUUCAGGAGAGGAGACAGAGAUGCAUCGCGACGUAACUAUGGUUCAGGUGGAGGAAUUUGAGACAUUCUGUGAGGGUAGCUUGUUUGCUAGUUAAAUCACUAGUAGUCAGAUUGGUUGCUCGCUAGCUAGCAGAUUGUCAACAGUAUUACCCAACGCUAACUGUUCGCUAUCAGCUGUCUUUGUGUCAGUCAGUUGGACAAUACAGUGCGACUCGAUGGAAGCGUACAGUAGCAUGCUAACAAAGCGAGGCUUUGUUGUUGGAUAGGGGGCAGCUGGCACCAACACGCAGGCUUCACAGCUGAUAUCAUUGCUUAGCUAAUACAGCAGGUCUCCGUCACCGAGGGGUUCGGUGGGGUCCGGACAACGUUGUUGUGCUGCUGUCAAGGCUGUGUGACAGAAAACGAGAAGACCCAGCAAGAGACCCUGUAGGCAUCCUGAUGACACUGGACAACAUGAAGCCUGAGCGAGAUGCAACGGAGGAGUUUUUUGAGUAUGAUGCAGAGGAGUUCCUGGUGUUCCUGACCCUGCUUAUCACGGAGGGACGGACCCCGGAAUAUUCUGUAAAAGGCAGAACUGAGGGGCUGCACUGUCCACCGGCCCAGUCGGCCAUGCCGCCUCUGCACAAGCACGAAUGCAGCGACAAACUGCCCCAGUGUCGCCAGGCAAGGCGAACUCGUUCUGAGGUGAUCCUGCUUUGGAGAAACAGCAUCCCCAUCAUGAUUGAGGUCAUGCUCCUGCCUGACUGUUGCUAUGGUGACGAGUGCCCUCCUAGUGACCCCAUCAGUGACCCAGUCAUCAAACAAGAUGCUCUUCUGCUAGAGAGGUGGACCCUGCAGCCAGUACCAAGACAGAGCGGCGAUCGCUUCAUUGAGGAGAAGACCCUGCUGCUGGCUGUGCGCUCCUACGUCUUCUUCUCCCAGCUCAGCGCCUGGCUCAGUGCCUCCCAUGGCAUCGUCCCCAGAAACAUCCUGUACAGGAUCACUGCUGCUGAUGAAGAGCUGGUGUGGCAGUUUUCCCAGCCACCUUCAGAACACAUUUUUCCUGUUCCCAAUGUGUCCCAGAGUGUCGCGCUCCAGGUCCGGGUCCAGUCGCUCCCCCGCCAACCAACCUACCCCACCCUGGCCUGCAGCAUCCACACUGGCCUGCCUCCGCUGUACAGUAAGAGCUCAGGCUUCAGUCCAAACUUCAACACCCAUGGAGGCUUACCCUCCUUGAAAAAGAGCCAGGACCCCAGCAAAGACAACCUCCUUCACAACUCUAAUACGUUCAGCAAAACCUCCAAUAUGUCCGGCCUUGUCCUUAAUGGAUUACCUAUUCCUAAUCUCCCCAUCAACAACAUCCCCAUCAACAGCCUUCCCCACACUGCAGUGCCACAUUCUUACAGCAAGAAGAGCCAGGAGCCUGCUGAAGACCACACAUAUCAAAACGGAGAGCUUCCGCAGGUCAGCAUCCCCCAACGUCAGGGCUCGCCACUGUUCCACAGACCCUCGCAAUCCCCCACACCCUCCCGCUCCCAUUCCCCCUCUCCCCUCCCCACAGGCAAAGCAGGGAAGUGGCUGUACUCAACUCUCAAUGGUUCAUCUGACCCCACACAAGUGGAGGACUACAGCUCUGGCACCAACAGCAGCGACAGGUCAAAGGCGCCCAUCCCUGAGCCACUGAGAGCAUUUAAGAAUUUCUCUUUGGCUGAACCGCCCCGCUGCCCUUCCCCACGGCCCUCUGCAUCUGAGACAAACCCUCUGAUUGGCUCCCUGCUGCAGGAGAGACAGGAAGUUAUCGCCCGCAUUGCACAGAGGCUCAACUUCUGCGAUCCUACAGCACCCCCACUCCCUCCUGGCCUUUUUGCAUCAGACAACCCUCCCAAAGCCAUGUGGGGCAGUAACCAUGAUGACAUAACUGCCAGUAAGACCAAAGAGCCUGAGUUACCGCCCUAUGAGUCUGUGGGUCGUGUGUGGCCCAGUCCUUUCAACACACCUGUGACUGACAGCUCAUACAGCAAACGGGAGAGCUCCUCCCCCAAACCUGCAGCCUGCAGGAAGCUGAAAAUGACCGAGAUGAGAGAUGCGGAAGAGGAGAGGAACGGAGAGACAGAGAGAGAGAAAGAGAGGGGGAGAGAAAGCUCCCUUAUUGCCCAGGCGGUUCAAGACAUUACCCGACUCAUUCAGGAGAGACUGUCUGUCCCCCCUUUGUCCCCCAGGCACACCAGGAGCGGAAGCCCCCUGCACCACACGCACACAACUACAGUCACCCACACAGUUCGCACAUACUCACAUACUGCGCACAGCCCACAAGCCUCACACACUGCCACAAAUGGCUACUCCAAUGGCCACAUACCAAGCCACGAACCUCGCAGAGGCAGCACGCACACCGCUGCCACUCAAGCACCCAUUUGCACAGAUAAGCCCAGAGUUGAUCUGGGGACUGAAUGCCAUUCACCCCGGGCCCAAAACGGUGCUCACUUUACACUUGAAGAACCCUUGUUUAAAGGCCAGCCCCACAACCAGGCUGGUCAGCGUUUACGAACUCCCUCACAGGAAAAACUCAGAGACAGGACAUCCAGCAGCCAUCAAACUCCCCCUAAUACCCCCUCUGUCCCUGAGAACAGCCCACGGAAUGCCCACUUUUUUAGUUGGACUUGCAAUGAUGCCAGCCCAACUGUGAACUAUAACAUAAGCCACAACCACAGCAAGCCUCAGCCUCAGUACCAGAUGCAGACGCAGACAUGUGCAGCAGCCCAGGACUCUGCCCUGCAGGAUGAGAACCAGGCACCCUCACAGUCUGGAUGCUCCAGCACCCACAAUCCAGACAUGAGCCCCCCUCCUACUGUCCUGCGAGCUCACAGCCCCUCCCCCCUGCGUCCCUGCAACAGCUGGAAGAAACACAAUCGCCAUUCAUUAGAUGCCACAGCAACCAAGGCCUUCCACCCCUGUACAGGCCUGCCUCUGCUCUCCAGCCCUGUUCCUCAGAGGAAAAAUCAAACAGGCUACUUUGACCUGGACACCUCUCUGGCUGGCUGUAAGGGUUUGCCUUGGGCCUCUGGGAAAAGGGUGUGUCCCAAGAGAGAGGGAUACACGGAUGAGUCUCAGCAGUUGUUCAGUGCCAGCGCUCCACCUGCCAGUCUCAGUUUGCUGGGAAACUUUGAGGAGUGUGUGUUGAACUAUCGCCUGGAGCCUCUUGGAACAGUAGACGGUUUCACAGCAGAGGUCGGAGCCAGUGGGUCCUUCUGCCCCAGUCACCUGACUUUACCUGUGGAUGUGUCAUUCUACAGCGUCUCUGAUGACAAUGCGCCAUCACCAUAUAUGGGUGUGAUAAACCUGGAGUCCCUAGGGAAAAGGGGCUACCGUGUACCUCCAUCAGGAACUAUUCAAGUGACCUUAUUCAACCCCAACAAGACAGUGGUGAAGAUGUUUGUUGUGAUGUACGACCUAAGAGCCAUGCCAGCUGGACACCAGACCUUCCUUCGCCAGAGGACAUUCUCCGUUCCCGUCCGCCGUGACAUGAACAAUCAGACCAGCAGGAAGCCCUUCGCCCUUGGCCACGGACGCACCUUACGCUACCUCGUUCAUCUGAGGUUUCAGAGUUCCAAGUCUGGGAAGAUCUACCUCCACAGGGACAUCCGUUUGCUGUUUUCCAGGAAGUCCAUGGAGGUGGACAGCGGUGCUGCCUAUGAGCUUCAGUCUUUCACAGAGUCUCCCAUUGACCCACCGUUUUCUCCCCGCUGCUGAGGCCCAGACUCCCUCACUCCCUCUGCCCAGCAGGCCAAGACCAAAUCUUAAAUCACACUUAAAUGCCAGCGAUAGACUCUGACUCAGACUGUGGCUAGCUGAAAAGGCUCAAAGAGAGCAGGGAUAUAAGGACAGCAGUCAACAAGACUCGCCUGACCUGUGCCCAAAAUGUUAAGCUUCAUCCCUUCUGUCACCCAGGACUGACAAAGGUGCUAAGAGGCUGGGGGACUUGUCAGAUAUUAAACCUUGUUGUCUGCUUAAGUUAGAGGGUUUGGGUCAAAAAUCAAAGAUUGAAGUUUCAGAUUGUGUUCUCCUGGUAAAAAGGGCCAGACAUGAUGGAAACAGAUUUUUCCUGCUGUGCCCCCAGCACCAGGCAGGAUAAUAGAGAUCAGGGAUGAUCUAAAUAAAAAGCAGUAAGACACUUCAAAUUGAUUCAGAGUUCAGGUUUCUUUACUGUGUUUGCUCAAAAUCAAAUUAUUUAUUGGAGGUAUUGUUAUAACAGUAAAUGAAUGUUGAAUCCAAAUUAUUUUCUUUAGAAAUGCAAGAUGUGGCCCUUUUAAUGUUAAAGCAUAACGUGUUAACUCUUUGAAGAUUACAUUGAUUGAACUGAAAUUAAGACAGUUUGGCCCUGUGAUUCCUGACCUCGGUGCAGAGGGGGUGUGUAUGGAAGACGAAGACCGGUGCAGCUUCAUGCCCUCGUCCAAAAAAUGAACGGUUUACCAUGGACCACUGAACAAGUCAAACAAGCAAUCAAGCUAGAUUCAACUGAAAGCAUCAUUGCAGAACAUCAGAAAUGCACUGUGGAUCUUUUUUUUUCUCAUUAUAACUGGAAAUGAAUCAGAAAAUAGUAAUAUUCUAAUACUUUUGUACUGUUACAGAACCACUUUAUCGGAAGUGUUGCAAUAGAAAGAGUAACAUUAGUUUUAGUGUUUACACAUUCACUCUCAGUUUACUUAACCAUCAGUUUAUUUAAUAUUUAAAUUAAUAUUUCAGUUACUACUUGUGACGUCUGUCAUGCUAAGAUGAUGUAGUGCAAACUGUAUAUCAUAGUAUGUAUUUUUGACAUUAAUAUUCAAAUCUGAAAAUAUAUAUAUCUUC